AUGAUGCCCCAGAAGAAGAAGAAGAGGAAGAAGGACAUCGACUUCCUGGCUCUGUAUGAGGAGGAGCUGCUGCACUACGCCUCUGAGGAUGACGCCGAGGAGCUGGAGCAUGAGUACUACAAGGCCAGGGUGUACGAAGUGGUCACAGCCACAGGGGACGUCCGCGGUGCAGGGACGGAUGCCAAUGUCUUCAUCACAAUAUUUGGAGAACAUGGACUCUCUCCCAAGCUCCAUCUCACCAGCAAGAGCGAGUCUGCCUUUGAGAAGGCCAAUGUUGAUGUGUUCCGAGUGAGAACCAACAACGUGGGCCUCAUCUAUAAAAUCAGGAUAGAGCAUGACAACACGGGCUUGAAUGCCAGCUGGUACCUGAACCACGUGAUUGUGACUGACAUGAAGCGACCCCACCUCCGCUACUACUUCAACUGCAACAACUGGCUGAGCAAGGUGGAAGGCGACCGCCAGUGGUGCCGUGACCUACUGGCCAGCUUCAACCCUAUGGACAUGCCCAGAGGUAACAAGUAUGAAGUCAGGGUGUACACUGGAGAUGUGAUGGGUGCAGGGACAGAUGCCGAUGUCUUCAUCAAUAUUUUUGGAGAGUAUGGAGACACAGGGGAGCGUAGGCUGGAGAAUGAAAAGGACAACUUUGAAAAGGGAGCUGAAGACAAGUUCCUGCUGGAUGCUCCAGAUUUGGGGCAGUUGAUGAAGAUUAAUGUCGGCCACAAUAACAAGGGGGGAUCUGCAGGCUGGUUCCUGUCCAAGAUUGUCAUCGAAGACAUUGGAAACAAAAGGAAAUAUGACUUCCCCCUUAACCGCUGGCUGGCUUUGGAUGAAGAUGAUGGCAAAAUCCAAAGGGAUAUCUUAGUGGGUGGUGCUGAGACCACAGCCAUCACGUAUGUUGUCACCGUCUUCACUGGGGAUCUCCGGGGGGCCGGGACCAAAUCCAAAAUCUACUUGGUCAUGUACGGGGCCAGAGGGAACAAGAACAGUGGGAAGAUCUUCCUGGAGGGCGGGGUGUUCGACCGUGGCCGCACAGACAUCUUCCACAUUGAGCUGGCCGUCCUCCUCAGCCCCCUCAGCCGGGUGUCCAUUGGCCACGGCAACGUGGGUGUCAACAGGGGCUGGUUCUGUGAGAAGGUGGUCGUUCUGUGCCCCUUCACUGGUAUCCAGCAGACCUUCCCUUGUAACAACUGGCUGGACGAGAAGAAAGCAGAUGGGCUGAUUGAGAGGCAGCUCUACGAGAUGGUCUCACUCAGGAAAAAGCGGCUUAAAAAAUUCCCUUGGUCCCUGUGGAUCUGGACGACUGACCUGAAGAAAGCUGGGACCAACUCCCCGAUCUUCAUCCAGAUUUAUGGGCAGAAGGGACGAACAGACGAGAUCCUCCUGAAUCCCAACAACAAGUGGUUCAAACCAGGCAUCAUUGAAAAGUUUCGGAUUGAGCUUCCAGAUCUUGGCAGAUUUUACAAGAUUCGGGCAUGGCAUGACAGACGGAAUCCUGGUUCUGGAUGGCACCUGGAGAGGAUGACCCUGAUGAACACCCUGAACAAGCACAAGUAUAACUUCAACUGCAACCGCUGGCUGGAUGCCAACGAGGAUGACAAUGAAAUUGUGAGGGAAAUGACUGCCGAAGGCCCCACCGUGCGAAGAAUAAUGGGUAUGGCCCGGUACAGGGUGACCGUGUGCACGGGAGAACUUGAAGGAGCAGGAACAGAUGCCAACGUGUACCUCUGCCUUUUCGGCGACGUGGGGGACACUGGGGAACGGCUGUUGUACAACUGCAGGAACAACACCGACCUGUUUGAGAAGGGCAAUGCUGACGAAUUCACCAUCGAAUCUGUGACCAUGAGGAAGGUGAGGCGGGUGAGGAUCAGACACGAUGGCAAAGGCUCCAGCAGUGGCUGGUACGUGGACCGGGUGCUGGUGAGAGAGGAGGGACAGCCUGAAAGUGACAACGUGGAGUUUCCCUGUCUCAGGUGGCUGGAUAAGGAUAAGGAUGAUGGGCAGCUAGUCCGAGAGCUUCUGCCCACUGGCAGCAACGCAACACUGAAGAACUUCCGCUAUCACAUCAGUGUGAAGACAGGGAAUGUGUCGGGGGCCAGCACCGAUUCCAAAGUCUACAUCAAGCUGUAUGGAGACAAAUCUGACACUAUCAAGCAAGUUCUUCUGGUCUCUGAUAACAACCUCAAAGACUAUUUUGAACGUGGCCGGGUGGAUGAAUUCACCCUUGAGACCCUGAACAUUGGAACGAUCAACCGGCUGGUGAUCGGGCACGACAACACAGGCAUGCACUCAAGCUGGUUCCUGGGCAGUGUUGAGAUCCGCGUGCCCCGCCAAGGCAAGCGGUAUACCUUUCCUGCCAACCGCUGGCUGGACAAGAACCAGGCCGAUGGGCGCCUGGAGGUGGAGCUUUAUCCAAGCGAGGUCGUGGAGAUCCAGAAAUUGAUCCACUAUGAGGUCGAGGUUUGGACGGGUGAUGUGGGUGGUGCAGGCACAACUUCCCGUGUAUACAUACAGAUCUAUGGCGAAGAAGGCAAGACGGAGUUGCUCUUCCUCUCCAGCCGCUCAAAGGUGUUUGAUCGGGCAUCCAAGGACAUAUUCCAGCUGGAGGCAGCAGACGUGGGUGAGGUGUACAAGAUCCGGCUCGGGCACACAGGCGAGGGCUUCGGGCCCAGCUGGUUCGUGGACACUGUGUGGCUGCGGCAUCUGGUGGUGCGGGAGGAGGAGCUCACACCCGAGGAGGAGGCCCGAAGGAAGAAGGAGAAGGCCAAGCUGCAGCAGCUGCUCAAGAAGGAGCGGCUGAAGGCCAAGUUGCAGAGGAAGAAAAAGAAGAGGAAGAAGGACAGUGAUGAGGAAGACAAGGAGGAGGGGGACGAGGAGGAGGAGUCCUCCUCGGAGGAGUCCUCGUCUGAAGAGGAGGAGGAGGAAGAAAGUGAGGAGGAAGAAGAGGAGGAUGAGUUGGAGCCGGGGAUGCAGGAGGUGAUUGAGCAGUACAAGUUCGAAGCCCACCGCUGGCUCGCCCGGGGCAAGGAGGACAAUGAACUUGUCGUGGAGCUGGUGCCGGCAGGCAGGCCAGGCCCUGAGCCCAACACCUACGAGGUCCAGGUGAUCACAGGGAAUGUGCCCAAGGCUGGCACUGAUGCCAACGUCUACCUGACCAUUUACGGAGAGGAGCAUGGGGACACGGGCGAACGACCCCUGAAGAAAUCGGACAAGUCCAACAAGUUUGAGCAGGGCCAGACAGACACCUUCACUAUCUACGCCAUCGACUUGGGGGCCCUGACCAAGAUUCGGAUUCGCCAUGACAACUCGGGCAGUAGACCGGGCUGGUUCCUGGACAGAAUAGACAUCACCGAUGUGAACAAUGAGAUCACGUACUACUUUCCAUGCCAGCGCUGGCUGGCAGUGGAGGAGGAUGAUGGGCAGCUGUCCAGGGAGCUGUUGCCAGUGGAUGAGUCCUAUGUGCUGCCUAGCGAGGAUGAGGAGGGUGGCGGCGGUAACAACAACCCCCUUGACAACCUGGCCCUGGAGCAGAAAGAUAAGUCUACCACAUUCUCAGUGACAGUCAAGACUGGAGACAAGAAGAAUGCAGGCACAGAUGCCAACGUCUUCAUCACACUCUUUGGCACGCAGGAUGACACUGGAAUCACCCUCCUGAAGUCUUCCAAGACCAACAGUGACAAGUUUGAGAGAGACAGCAUUGAAAUCUUCACAGUAGAGGCACUGGAUCUGGGAGACCUGUGGAAGGUCAGAAUCGGCCAUGACAAUACAGGCAAAGCACCAGGCUGGUUUGUGGACUGGGUGGAGGUAGAUGCCCCAUCUCUUGGAAAGUGCAUGACGUUUCCCUGUGGCCGCUGGCUGGCCAAGAAUGAAGAUGAUGGUGCCAUUGUUAGGGACCUCUUCCACGCGGAACUUCAGACCAGGAUGUACACACCAUUUGUCCCCUAUGAGAUCACACUGUACACCAGUGACGUAUUUGCGGCUGGCACGGAGGCCAACAUCUUCAUUGUCAUCUAUGGUUGCGAUGCUGUGUGCACCCAGCAGAAGUUCCUGUGCACCAACAAAAGGGAGCAGAAGCUGUUCUUUGAGAGGAAGUCGGCCUCCCGCUUUAUCGUGGAGUUAGAGGAUGUGGGCGAAAUCAUUGAGAAGAUCCGGAUUGGCCAUGAUAACACGGGCAUGAAUCCUGGCUGGCACUGCUCCCAUGUGGACAUCCGCAGGCUCCUCCCAGAUAAAGACGGAACAGAAACAUUAACUUUUCCAUGUGAUCGAUGGCUUGCCACCUCUGAAGAUGACAAGAAGACCAUUCGAGAACUGGUCCCUUAUGACAUCUUCACUGAAAAGUACAUGAAAGAUGGGUCCUUAAGGCAAGUCUACAAGGAAGUGGAGGAGCCUCUAGACAUUGUGCUGUACUCAGUGCAGAUCUUCACAGGGAAUGUUCCAGGGGCAGGGACCGAUGCCAGGGUCUACAUUACCAUCUAUGGCGACCUGGGGGACACCGGGGAGCGAUACCUCGGCAAGUCGGAGAACCGCACCAACAAGUUCGAGAAAGGGACGGCUGAUACCUUCAUUAUCGAGGCCGCUGACCUGGGCGUUAUCUAUAAAAUCAAGCUUCGCCAUGACAAUACCAAGUGGUGCGCAGACUGGUAUGUGGAGAAGGUGGAAAUCUGGAACGAUACCAACGAGGAUGAGUUCCUCUUCCUGUGUGGGCGCUGGCUGUCCUUGAAGAAAGAGGAUGGGCGGCUCGAGAGGCUCUUCUAUGAGAAGGAGUACACUGGGGACCGCAGCAGCAACUGCAGCAGCCCCGCUGACUUCUGGGAAAUCGCCCUGAGCUCUAAGAUGGCUGAUGUGGACAUUGAGACUGUUACCGGACCCAUGGCUGACUAUGUUCAGGAUGGUCCAGUUAUCCCCUACUAUGUGUCUGUCACCACGGGCAAACACAAGGAUGCUGCCACUGACAGCCGAGCCUUCAUCUUGCUUAUCGGGGAGGAUGAUGAGCGUAGUAACCGCAUCUGGCUGGACUACCCUCGCGGGAAGAAGGGCUUCAGCUGCGGCUCAGUGGAGGAGUUCUAUGUCGGAGGCUUGGAUGUGGGAGUCAUCAAGAAAAUAGAGCUGGGCCAUGAUGGAGCUUCCCCUGAGAGCUGCUGGCUGGUGGAAGAACUCUGUUUGGCCGUGCCUACCCAGGGUACUAAGUAUACAUUGCGCUGUAACUGCUGGCUUGCCAAGGACCGAGGUGACGGCGUCACCUCCCGUGUCUUUGACCUCCUGGAUGCCAUGGUGGUGAACAUCGGAGUGAAGGUGCUUUAUGAAAUGACAGUGUGGACAGGUGACGUGGUUGGCGGGGGCACUGACUCCAACAUCUUCAUGACCCUUUAUGGCAUCAACGGGAGCACAGAGGAGGUGCAGCUGGACAAAAAGAAGGCCAGAUUUGAGCGGGAACAGAAUGACACCUUCAUCAUGGAGAUCCUGGACAUUGCUCCCUUCACCAAGAUGCGGAUCCGGAUUGAUGGCCUGGGCAGCCGGCCCGAGUGGUUCCUGGAGAGGAUCCUCCUGAAGAACAUGAACACGGGAGAUCUGACCAUGUUCUACUAUGGAGACUGGCUGUCCCAGCGGAAGGGCAAGAAAACCCUGGUAUGCGAGAUGUGUGCUGUCAUUGACGGGGAGGAGAUGAUGGAGUGGACCUCCUAUACGGUCACAGUGAAGACCAGCAACAUACUGGGAGCAGGCACUGAUGCCAACGUAUUCAUUAUCAUCUUUGGAGAGAACGGGGACAGCGGAACCCUGGCCCUGAAGCAGUCAGCUAACUGGAACAAGUUUGAGCGCAACAACACAGAUACAUUCAACUUCACCGACAUGUUGAGCCUGGGCCACCUGUGCAAGCUGAGGGUCUGGCACGACAACAAAGGGAUAUUUCCUGGCUGGCACCUGAGCUAUGUCGACGUGAAAGACAACUCCCGUGAUGAGACCUUCCGCUUCCAAUGUGACUGCUGGCUCUCCAAGAGUGAGGGUGACAGGCAGACCGUCCGUGACUUGGCCUGUGCCAACAAUGAGAUCCGUGAAGAGCUGGAGGAGACCACCUAUGAGAUCGUCAUAGAAACGGGCAACGGAGGUGAAACCAGGGAGAAUGUCUGGCUCAUCCUGGAGGGCAGGAAGAACCGAUCCAAAGAGUUCCUCGUGGAAAAUUCUUCCAGGCAGCGGGCCUUCAGGAAGGGGACUACAGACACGUUUGAAUUUGACAGUGUCUUUCUGGGGGAUAUUGCCUCCGUCUGCGUGGGCCACUUGGCCAGGGAGGACCGGUUCAUCCCCAAGAGAGAGCUGGUGUGGCACGUCAAGACCAUCACCAUCACCGAGAUGGAGUAUGGCAAUGUGUACUUCUUUAACUGCGAUAGCCUUAUCCCCCUCAAGAGGAAGAGGAAGUACUUUCGGGUGUUUGAGGUUACCAAGACAACAGAAAGCUUUGCCAGCAGGAUUCAGAGCCUAGUGCCUGUCAAGUAUGAAGUCAUUGUGACAACGGGUUAUGAGCCCGGGGCAGGCACUGAUGCCAAUGUCUUUGUGACCAUCUUUGGUGCCUACGGGGACACGGGCAAGCGGGAGCUGAAGCAGAAGAUGCGCAACCUCUUUGAGCGGGGCAGCACUGACCGCUUCUUCCUAGAAACGCUGGACCUGGGGGAGCUACGCAAGGUGCGCUUGGAGCAUGACAGCAGUGGCCACUACUCAGGCUGGCUGGUGGAGAAGGUGGAGGUCACCAACACCAGCACUGGCGUGGCCACCAUCUUCAACUGUGGCAGGUGGCUGGAUAAAAACCGGGGCGACAAGCUCACCUGGAGAGACCUCUUCCCUUCUGUCUGAGGGGAUGGAGACCCUCCCCAACCCCUGACCAUGGCCUUGGGCAACUGUCUGAAAACCUUUGGGAGCUGAGGCUGAGGAACAGCAGGACACUGGGAACCUCAUGUUUCUUCAGAGGCCACUGUGGCUGGUUCUUUGUGGGGAAUCCUGCUCCCCAUGGCCUCAGUCUUGGAGACUUCUACCAUAACACCAGCAUCAGAACCAGCUGUGCAGGAAUAGCUUACCUAUCCUAGC